AUGUCCCAAUUCUCCAACGAAGCAGCAUGGCAAACCGCUGCAGGUGCGAAGCCGUUUAAACUUGGUCCAGGCCCCAGCCCAGAUCCCGCCGAAAACGAAGUCGUUAUCAAAGUCGCCUAUGCCGCCGUCAAUCCCCUUCAAGACAGCCCCAAUUUCGAAUUACCAUACCCCUACAUCUUCGGUACCGACGUAGCCGGCACGAUCGUGCAGCUCGGCUCUAGCGUUACGCGGUUCCAGUUAGGACAACGGGUGAUAGGUCACUGCGACGGCCUGAUCACCCAAAAGAAAUCCAAUGCCGGGUUCCAGCGAUAUGCCACCACUCGCGAGAUCCUAGUCUCGGCCAUCCCAGCGAACAUCUCACUGGCAAAUGCCGCCGUGCUCCCUCUAUCGGUUUCAACGGCUGCAUCUGCCCUGUUCCACAUCCUCGAUCUCCCGUACCCAUCCGUGAAUCCCAAUCCCGCGCCUACAGGCAAGAGAAUCCUGAUCUGGGGCGGGAGCUCAUCGGUUGGUAGUUCUGCGGUGCAGCUUGCGCGCGCCGCUGGACUAGAGGUUGUUGCUACGGCUGGUAGGGCAAACAUCGAGUAUGUAAAGAGGCUGGGGGCAUCCCGUGUCUUUGAUCAUCAGGAUCCAGAUGUUGUGGGUAAGAUUUUGGAGGUGUUGAAAGAAGGUGAUUACGUAUUCGAUACGAUCGGUAGCGAAAGUACGCAGAUUGCAUCUGGGGGGAUUUUCGGGAAGCUGGGUGGUGGGACAUUGCCUAUCACGCUUUCGCCUAUUGCUGGGCUUCCGGAUAAUGUGAAGGGUGUUUUCGGUAUGUGUUUUCCUCAGAGAGCUCGGGAGUCUAAGUUUGUUGCUUACGAGUUGGUAGUUAAUGGGUUGGCACCGGGGUUGGUUAACCUAGAUGUCGGGGAUGCCGUGUGGCGUAAGUAUCUCCCGGAGGCUUUGGCUGCUGGGAGCUUCCAGACUAAGCCUGACCCGAUAAUUAUUGAGGGCUUGGAGAGGGCUCAAGAGGGUCUGGAUCUUUUGAAGGAAGGGGUUUCUGCUAAGAAGAUUGUUAUUGAAGUGGCGAAAGAAUAG